GGUUGAUUGAGUGAACCACCAGAGGAACAUCCGGUUUCCGUGAGACACCGCGCUUGCGUAGCAAUUUUCAGUUCUUCACGCUACAACCAAGAUGUCCACACACAAGAAGAAGACUAGGAAGCUUCGUGGACACGUUAGCCACGGUCAUGGCCGUAUCGGCAAACACAGGAAACAUCCUGGUGGUCGUGGUAAUGCUGGUGGUAUGCACCAUCACCGUAUCAACUUUGACAAAUAUCACCCUGGCUACUUUGGAAAGCUUGGUAUGAGGAAUUACCACUUGCGCCGUAACACUAAGUGGUGCCCAUCCCUCAAUCUGGACAAACUGUGGACACUCGUGACUGAACAGACCAGGUUGAAGUACAAAAAUUCCACUAACGGCAAGGCUCCUGUUAUCGACCUUGUCAAAGCUGGUUACUAUAAACUUUUGGGUAAAGGCCGUCUGCCCAAGCAGCCUGUUAUCGUGAAAGCAAAAUUCUUUAGCAAACAGGCUGAAGACAAGAUAAAAGCUGUUGGUGGAGCUUGUGUUCUAUCUGCGUAACUGACAGUUGUGAGACUUACCAACGGUAACGUACACUUAACAUCUUUGUACUAUUAUUAAUAAAAAAAAAGAUUGAAAAUAUAAAAACAUUUUA